ACAAACCGUUCACCACUGUAAGGCGUUAACCUGCAGAUUAAUCAUAGUCUAUUAAAGAAACAUUGUCAUUCCUCAAGUUCAUUAAUCUAACCACAUCGGCUCGACUAUAUUGUAAUCAGAAAAUAGUUACGUAACGUUUGGCAGAAAAGGUUCAAUGGAUAGGAGAUGUCGUCAUCAGAGAGCGACAUAACAACAAACGGCAGUGCUGGGCAGUAGACUGCACGGAUACAGUGUUUCAACGUAGUUUGAUCUGUUGAAUGUGUACCGAAGUCUGACCAUGGACAGUGAAGUGCAGAGAGAUGGAAGAGUUCUCGAUCUCACAGAUGACGCCUGGAGAGAAGACAGACUGCCAUAUGAAGAUGUCACAAUCCCACUGAGUGAACUUCCAGAAGCAGAGCAAGACAACGGCGGAUCGACCGAGUCCGUCAAAGAGCAAGAGAUGAAGUGGUCAGAUCUCGCCCUGCAGAGUUUGCAUGAAAACACCCCUAACAUUGGUACUUAGAUUUGAAGAUGCUCUGUCCAUUUAUCUGUCCUCUAUGUGGGUCACUUAUACAAGACUUAUGAUGCAAAAGACGAUUUUCUUAUGAUUAUAUGCUACUGUGAUUUGCAUUCAAUGUGUUUUUGAUAUUAAAGAAUAAAAAAAAUUAAUUUAAA